AUGCUCUCCUCCGAUCCGGACUCUGCGGAGGACACAGCGGCCGAUGCUCCCAAUGAUGCUGAGGAAGAGGAGCAGGAGGAGGAGGAGGAGGACGAGGAAUCACCGGCUGAGAGUGAUGUCCCGGAGGAGCAGCGUCCAGUGAAGCAGUCCCUGGGUGCUUGUGUCUGCAGGGAGUCCCACUGGCGCUGCCUGCUGCUCUCUCUGCUCAUGUACAGCUGCCUGGGCGCCGUGGCCUGGUGUCGCCUGACCCGCGUCACUAAAAUCCGCUUCAACUCCACCCUCGUCUCCUCCUUCACGGCCACCUUCACCUCCUCCCUGCGGGGGGCCUCUGGGAUGGGCGUGGGGGGACACACGAUGAUCUACCAUGAGAGCCCCUGCUCUGAUGGCUACAUCUACAUCCCUCUGGCCUUCCUGCUCAUGCUCUACGUCUUAUACAUGGUGGAGUGCUGGCACUGCAGGGCCAGGAGCGAGCUGCAGAGCAAAGCAGACGUGGACAGUGUGUAUGAGCGCGUGCUGCGCAUGAGACUGGCCACGCCUUGCAUAUGGUGGAAGGCCAUCAGCUACCACUUUGUCAGACGGACUCGACAGGUCACUCGAUACCGUAACGGGGACGCCUACACCACCAUGCAGGUGUACCGUGAGAGGGUGAACACCCAUGUGGCUGAGGGGGAGUUUGACUACAGCCACUGUGGCAUGAAAGACAUAUCACGUGACCUCAGGGGCUUGGAGGGACAUCCGGCCACUCGCUUGCGUUUCACCAAGUGUUUCAGCUUCACAGAGGCCGGCCCAGAAAACGAUUACCUCAACCAGAGAGCCAGGUUCUUCUCGGAAAUCGAGGGUUUGGACGAUUACAUGGAGGCCAGGGAGGGAAUGCAGCUGAAGAAUGUGGACUUCAGAGACAACCUGAUAGCUUACGUAGACCCAGAUAGGAUGCCUUGGUACACCUCCGAGGCUGUUUUCUGGCUGGCAGCUCUGCUGAUGCUGUCCUGGCCUCUGAGGGUGCUCAUAGAGUACCGCACUGCUUAUGUGCACUACCGCAUAGAGAAACUAUUUGGGUUAGAGUACAGCCACAGCAGCCCCUCUCCUCUAGAUGAAGACAGGCCUUUGGGGAAUAAUCCUGGCUGUGCUAUUCCCAGAGUCAACACCCUGGACAGCUCCGAGAUGGAGUGGCACAUCCGCUGCAACCGUCAGCUGAUUCCCAGCUACUCAGAGGCCAUGCUGAUCAACAUGAGCACAGCAGACUCAAACUCCUUACAAGACACUGAAUGCACCUCGUCCUCAAACUGCUUCCUUGUGGACAGCAGCCAGACGGCUCAGAGCUACGGCGCCCUGCAGAGCCCCGAGGACUGCGAGCAGUGCAGGGAGCUGGGGGGACGAGGUGACGGAGGAGGCAGGAGGAGGACCAUCACCAGCUCCAGCUGCUCCUCCCUCUUCUCCUGCCGGGGAGCGCUGCUGCACUCUCACCUCUCCUCGGACACGUCUCGCUUCUCCCUCUGCCGCAUGUACGGCUCCCACCGCACCGUGGCUCUGUGGAGGAGCCGCAGCAGCAACCUGACGGAGCCCUGCUGCGUGGACGAGCAGUGCUGCCGGUCCGACUCCAGCCAGCUGGCUCUCAGCGACAGUCCACCGACUUACAGGGACGCCAGGUUCUUCCCGGUGCUCAUCGUGCAUCGGUCUGAGGGAUGUGGCGGCGAGGAGGGGAGGGAGGUCAGGAGAUAUUACAUACGGAGAGGCUCAUCCUGUGUGGAGACGGCCCUGUGAAGGACAUUAAGACACAUGGACUAUUGAUUAAAUUCAGUAUUGAUGGAUGGUCUGUCACUGUUUGCUGCAUAGACACAGUUUCAAGGGAUAGUUUGGAUUUAAUGAAGCAAGGUACUUAUCAAUAGUCAGUGUAUUAGCUACAGUAAUGCAACAAUUUGAAGAUCAGGCAGGUCUUUUAUGAGACAUAGAAAACACAUUUUAUUUUAAAAACACAAAAUGACUCUCCUCCAGUAGACAACUCAAGUAUAUUGUUAAAAAAAUGACAUUAGACAUUUUUCAGCCCUGUCACAUACCAACAAGUUUCUCCAAACUGCUCGAAAUGAGAUAAUAAGAGAUUUCUGCCAAAGCCAUUCUUUUAAUUCAUGAAAUAGUAUGUGUAUACUAUGCAGUUCCUGAAUCCAUAGAGUCCUGUCGGUUUUCCAGGAUCUGAUUUUUUUGUCCCCGAUGUUGCUAAAUGUCACAGGGCUAAAAUAACUAAUAUAAUUUAGGUGAAAAUUGUGGGAAAAGCCAAGAAGGUCAUCUUUAAAAUUAUACCAAACACAAUAUUAUAAAAACAUUGCUCACUACUGAGCAUGAGCCUAAACUAAGAUACACUAUAGCAUCUAAAUGCUAUUUACUUUAGGGGGUGGUUCACUUCAUGAGCUGGUUACUGGGACUCAGCUGCCACUCAGGAAUGUCUAUCAUACUAAAAUAUCAUUUACAGACAUAGACAUUUUCAAAAAAUGAUGACUAAGUGUUGCCACCUUGAGUGGUACCGACAAGUGAAAUUGUGGGCUCUGACCCAUGGACUACAGGUACAUCUCAAUAAAUUAGAAUAUCAUAAAAAAGUUUAUUUAUGUCAGUAAUUAAAUUCAAAAAGUGGAAACAGCACAUUACAUAGAUCCAUUAAACACAGAAUGAAACAUUUCAUAUCUUAAUUUAUUUAAUUUCUUCUAAUUAUAAUGAUUAUGGCUUACAUUUACUGAAGACCUAAAAUUCAGUGUCUCAAAAAAAAUGUUAUAUUACAAAAGACCAAUUUUUAAUGUUUAAUAUGGAAAUGUUGGCCUCUGAAGAGUAUGUCCAUCUAUAUGACUCAAUACUUGGUUGGGGCUGUUUGACUUGAACUACUGGAAAUGGACUUUUCUAUGAUAUUCUAAUUUAUUGAGACCUGUAUAACGCAGAAGCAAUGUACUGUGGUGGACAGAGGCAGCAAAAUGUAUGUUAGUGUCCUACAAAAGCCCAUCUAAAUAAAUCAAAAGCUGUCUAAUUAGGGCUGGGCGAUAUGGACCAAAAGUCAUAUCCUGAUAUAUUUAGGCUGAAUAUCGAUAUAUGAUAUAUCCCGAUAUAUUUAUUUUAAAGUGAGACAAAGUCAAAGCCAAAUAUGACAUGUGAAGCAAGUAGUUUUAUUGAAACCGUUAUUUAAGUGAACACAAAUACCAUAGAACAAAAGGAGUACCUUUUUUUUAAAAUCAAAGCUCCAUAAAGUGCACA